AUGGCCUGUCUCAUAAGAGCUGAAGUAGCACUGCUGAGGUGUGCGUUGCUUUUUCUCUACGUGAGUGUCUGCUUGUGUCAGCGUGACUGCACCGGCGUGGACUGUCCCCAGCUGGACAACUGUAUGGAAGAGGCGCUGGAAAGUGGCAGCUGUUGCGCUUCUUGCUUACAGAAAGGAUGCACAUGCGAGGGUUACCAAUACUAUGAUUGUGUCAAUGCUGGAUUCAAGAAUGGCAAAGUGCCAGAGGGAGAUUCUUACUUUGUGGACUACGGCAGCACAGAGUGCUCCUGCCCUGCGGGAGGAGGCCGGAUCAUCUGCCACUUCAUCAGCUGUCCUGAAAUGCCACCGAACUGCAUCGAUAUUUCAGAGCCUGCAGAUGGCUGCAUGCAGUGCGAACGCAUCGGGUGUUCCCAUAGCGGGCAAAAGUACGAGGCUGGACACUCAUUCCACGUUGACCCCUGCCGGGUCUGCCACUGCCCCAACGAAGGGGGGGAGCUGAUCUGCUACCCUGUGCCUGACUGUGAUCCAAAGGAAGACCAUAAACCCAUGUUAGCUGAGACCACAGAGGAGGACACAGCCAGCAGGCGGGACGGUUACCCCUACAAGUACGACCAACAAGGCCAUACCGAUCAGCUGUCAACACCCUACCACCUUCUGCCUAAUGGAAAUCUUCCUCUCUUCAAACCAUCAACAUUUGAUAAGGAGGAGCCAGAAGACUAUGAUUAUGCUCCUACAGACCUUCCAGAGACCUUCCCUCAAUCUCUGGUCUUCCCCACCCAGUCGUUCUCCUCAGACAAGGUCAUACCUAUGUCUGAAGGCUCUGACACGCAUGACAGACCCUCUGCAAAUCCGAGUUUUGACAGACCAAACAAGCUGGAGCUGAGAGAGCGAUAUGGAGUCCGUGACCAUCCUGCACACAAAGAGGAAGUGACAGAUGAUCCCCUGGGAGAACAGCAGAGCACUGUCAGGCCACAUAUGUACGAGGACACCACUACUUCUUGGCAGCCCUCACAGGGUCUGACGAGUGUGCAGAGUGUCUCAUUCGGUGAUCAGAAUACACAGACAGACUCAGAGAAUCUAUCGCAUGCACACAGGAGAUUUGGGAGUGACGAAUUUCCACUGAACCAUAGAUUUGAGGUUAAAAAACACCCGGAGUAUACUGAUAUGAGUUCAGAGAGUCCAAUACAUAAUCAGAGACGCUCUGAGACUCAGACGCAUCACCAAGAUCCAUUAGAUAGGGUUAUGCCCAAAGGUUCAAACGGUCACAUCAAUGAUAGUCAACCAGUCAGAGCUACCGAGAUUCAAUCCAAUCAACAGAGACGAUCAGAUGAAGUGAAAUUUCCAAUGUACACAGUCAAAAGUCCAGAGAUCCCAAUCCGUCCCCGGGGAAGUUCACAUGGUCAAAAGGAAUUCCAGGGUACAGUCGCACCAGACACUGAGGAAGGGGUGAAAGCAAAGGAAGAAGAAGAAGAAGAAGAAGGAGAAAAGGAAGAAAAGACAACUUUUCAGAGUGUAACUGAGGCUGGUGGAAAGAAUGUGCCCUACAGGACAAACUCAGCACAAGAGGAGAAAAGCCACGAAGAGUCAGAGAGCAGCGACUCGACCAACAGGCACAGGAAGAUUACACCCAGGCCCGGCACCAUCUCCCCCAGGGGGCCUGAGUACCAUACAACCCCUAUGACCCUUUCUCUCACAUCCACCACCAUGCAGCUGCCGGUUGGGGUCAGCCUCCAUGAGAGCGGAGAGCCAGGUCAAAGGCUGUUUGACCUUCACAGUGAAGACAGAGAGGAGGUGAAGGAGGUGAAGGAGGAGGAGGAAGAGGAGGAGGGCAAGAGCGACCGGCCUGUUUUCCUCAACAUACCUGAUGAAGGUCCAGGUGCUUCUGCUGAGGAGCUGCUGCAGAGCUGCUGCGCUGCUGGUCAGAGAUGGUUCGCUGAAAACCUCCACUGCAACCUCAUGCCUCUGCUGACCAAUGACAAGCACUCUGUAUGCAGUGUGGUACAGAAUCACUGCUGUCUCAGCUCAGUGAAGGAGAGCCAGUGUGACACAGGUAUGACUUCAGCCAGACGAGGCGACACGUGUGAAGUGGAUCAGGAGGACCAGUGCUCAGACGACUCCUUCCAGGUGUGCUGCAGCUGCUGUGCCCUUGGCUUACGAGUGCGCGGCGAAGGAAGGGGCUGUGAUGCUCACCAGUACCUGAGCUACCCGUGUGGUCACGUCUUUCUCACCUGCUGCGAGGAAGAGGAAGGUCCCAGCCAGAUGCCGCUGAAGAGAAAGCAGAAACCCAGACCAACUCCUAUUCCAAAGAAAGUCUCAGACAGCAAGUACCCCAAAGAGGCCUAUUCCAUCAGUACCACAGAUGAAGCUGCCAACGUGGUGAAUGAGCAGGAGGAUGUGGAUGAGUGUCAGCUGUAUGCAGGCCAGCUGUGCCAGCACAAAUGCACCAACAUGUGGGGUUCCUACCUCUGUGACUGCCACCAGGGUUACAUCCUGCAGAAAGACCAACACUCCUGUGCACCAGUGAGUCCUGAUGAGGACAACAGAGUCCGAGAGGACGGUCCUGCUGUGGUCCCAACACAGACUACUACCACCAGUACUACCACCAGCAGCCCUGUCCGCCUCAAUCCAUGUACAGAAAAUGGUCCCUGCAGUCAGCAGUGUACAGCAGUGGCAGGCCAGGCUCGCUGCUCCUGCUUCCCAGGCUUCUCACUGAUGACAGAUGGACGCAUGUGUGUAGAUGUGGACGAGUGCGUGACCAACACCCACAGCUGUCGGCCUAGCGAGCGCUGUGUGAACACAGUGGGCUCAUUUGUAUGCGAGCUGCAGGUCACUUGUCCUGCAGGCUACCAGCUGAGGAGCGGUGUUUGCGAGGACACUGAUGAAUGUGUGCUGCGGACCCAUAACUGUGGGAAGGGCUUCGUGUGUGAGAACACAGUGGGCUCCUUCCUGUGCAAUGCCAAACACAAGUGCAUCAGCGGCUUCACACAGGACUCGCAUGGAAACUGCAUUGACAUAAAUGAGUGUAAGAGCCUGAGUGAGCCGUGCAGCUCCGGCUCUAACUGUAUCAACACUGUGGGCUCCUUCACGUGCCAGCAGAAGCUCAUCAUGUGCAGCCACGGAUACCACGCCAGCCCCGAUGGAGCCAAGUGUGUCGACACUGAUGAGUGUCAGAUGGGGACGCACCGCUGUGGAGUGGGCCAGAUCUGUCACAACCUUCCUGGCAGCUACCGCUGUGACUGUCAGACGGGCUACCAGUAUGAUGCGCUCCACAAAGUCUGCAGUGACGUGAAUGAAUGCUGGCGCUAUCCCGGCAGGCUGUGUGCCCAGACCUGUGAAAACACCCCAGGCUCCUACCACUGCUCAUGCACGGCUGGCUUCUCGCUAGCAUUCGAUGGCAAGAACUGUGAAGAUGUGAAUGAAUGCGACAAAAAUCCCUGUGGCCAGGAGUGUGCCAACAUGUACGGCUCUUACCAGUGCUACUGUCGCCAAGGCUACCACCUGAAAGAGGACGGACACACCUGUGAAGACAUUGAUGAGUGCUCUCAGAGCAUUGGGAACCUCUGCUCUUUCAAGUGUGUUAAUGUUGCUGGCAGUUAUCAGUGUUCCUGUCCUCCUACUGGAUACACCAUGUCGGCCAAUGGACGCACCUGCAAAGACAUUGAUGAAUGUACAACUGGAACCAACAACUGUUCACAUGCACAGACCUGCUACAACCUGCAGGGAGGCUUCAGAUGUCUCUCCUUCAGCUGUCCUCCGAAUUACAAGAAGGUUUCAGACACACGCUGUGAGCGGACCAGCUGUGCCAGCAACUCCUUGGAUUGUCAGAACACUCCUGUGCGGAUCACGUACUACCAGCUCAGCUUCCAGACCAACAUCAUCAUCCCAGCACAGAUCUUUCGAAUUGGACCCUCGCCCGCCUACUCCGGCGACCAAAUUGCCAUAAGCGUCACCAAGGGCAACGGGGAGGGCUAUUUCGGCACCAGGAAGCUAAACAGCUUCAUGGGCGCCGUCUACCUGCAGAGGCAAGUGCGAGAGCCCAAAGACUUUCUAAUAGAUGUGGAGAUGAAGCUGCUGAGGCAGGGGACGCACACCUCCUUCCUAGCCAGGAUAUACGUGUUCAUCACAACCAGCACUAUGUAA